UUCGAUUCGCCAAAGCCUUAGCAGUCUAUAGAAAGACUAAAGAAUUAAUAUCGAAAAAUACAAUAAUUAAAGCGAAUUAAUUGCGUGUUUUUCUAUUAGUCAUGAAGCCACUUAGCCGCCAAACCAGUUUCGCGGCUCUGCUGCUACUCUGUCUUCUGAGCUGCGUCUCGGCCUACAAUUAUCUGGUGGUACUCCACACGGCAGCCCGCUCCCACUACCACGUGGGAUCGGCACUGGCCAAAGGUCUGGCCGCAGCAGGCCAUCAGGUGACUAUUGUCUCGCCCUUUGAACUGAAGAAACCCAUCAAAAAUAUCAGGGAUGUGCCUGUGCCCAGUAUUUUGGAGUCCAUGAAAGGCCAUAUUGGUAAGCUUUUGGAGAAAUCGCAAGAGCCGAUCGUCACACGUAUCAUUGAUUUCCAUCACAUGGGCCUGGCCAUAACCGAAUCCAUGCUGAGAGAUCCCAUCGUGGUGGAGCUGAUGCAAUCGAAUCAGACCUAUGACGCCGUCAUCUCUGAAGUCUUCCUCAACGAGGCACACUUUGGACUGGCGGAGCACUUCAAGGCGCCGCUCAUAGGAUUGGGCACCUUCGGGGCCAUCAGCUGGAACACAGAUCUGGUUGGAACCCCCUCACCGCCUUCUUAUGUGCCGCAUGCUAUGCUCAAGUUAUCCGAUCGAAUGACGCUGUUUCAGCGCAUUACAAACCUGGCCUUUGUCUCGUACGAGUAUCUCUUUAUAAACUACUACUACCUGCCCCUUCAGGAAGCCAUCUACCGAAAGUACUUCCCCAACAACAAGCAGGACCUGUACGAGACGCGGAAGAACACAGCUCUGGUGCUUCUCAACCAGCACGUUUCUCUCAGCUUCCCUCGUCCCUACUCACCCAACAUGAUCGAGGUGGGCGGCAUGCACAUCAACCGCAAACGCCAGCCCCUGCCCAAGGACAUUGAGGAGUUCAUUGUGGGUGCCAAACAAGGAGUGAUCUACUUCUCGAUGGGCUCCAACCUGAAGAGUAAGACCCUGCCUCUGGAGAAGCGUCAGGCCCUCCUGGACACCUUUUCCCAGCUGAAGCAGCGGGUCCUGUGGAAGUUCGAGGACACGGAGCUGCCCGGCAAACCCAAGAAUGUCUUCAUCUCGGACUGGUUCCCGCAGGACGACAUUCUGGCCCACGAAAAUGUGAUUGCUUUCAUCACCCACGGUGGCCUGCUGAGCACCACGGAGUCGAUCUACCAUCGCAAGCCCUUCGUCGGCAUCCCCAUCUUCGGGGAUCAGUUCCUCAAUAUGGCCCGUGCCGAGCAGAAUGGCUAUGGUGUCACAGUGAACUACGCAGAGCUGACAGCUCCCAAGCUACUGGCAGCUAUUGAGCGGCUCAUCGGAGAUCCAGAGGCCACCAAGAAGGUGCAGGACAUGUCCGAUCGCUAUCGCGAUCAGCCGGAGACACCGCUAGAGCGGGCAGUGUUCUGGGUGGAGCACGUGACCCGACACAAGGGCGCCAAGUACCUGCGGAGCGCCUCCCAGCACUUGGGUUUCAUUCAGUAUCAUAAUCUGGACGCCAUCCUGAUCCUAUACGGAGGCAUUAUCUUUGUUCUGUACUGUCUGUUUUUGCUGAUUCGUCGCGUGUGGCGUCUGCUGCAGGAACUAUUUAUUGGAAGAGCAAAUGACAAGACAAAGCCCAAGGCGAAACUUAAUUAGAGUUAAUUUUUGAAUUUUGAUUAAAUCUAUGUUAAGAAAUAAAUGUGUACAUGUCCAGGAUA